AUGCACGCAACUUUACUUGGGCAGGCUGGAGUUUUGCAAACCGAAUUCAAGGACACCUUAUUAAAGGAUGCAUUUGCCGGAUAUGAACAAUGGCGAAUCUUAACUAGAGUGAGUAGAAGUGAAGUCGAGCAGAGCUUGUUCCAACUACCCGCUCAGUGGGCGAACGUAGCGCGUAGCACAAUCACUGGCGCUGUGGGUCUCACCAUGCUCCUUGCAUUCGACCUAAUUCAUGGCUACUGUCAGUCUAGAGACUACACUACAACGCGAGAAGACAGUUCAAUGCAGUGGAUUUGCCACUUCGAUUCCACAUUACCUCCUCCCCUCGUCUGUCCCCAUAAAAUUCAGCAAAGGUUAUCGUACGAGGCAGAUGGGAAAGAGGAGGAGAACGCACCUCCAUGCUUGGCAGCAAACGGCGAGUCCUAG